AGUAUGAACACAAACUGAAAAACAGCCACUCGAGAAUCCUUACAGCAACAUUCAAGCGGGUGUGCUAAAAAUUCUUCUCAAUUCCACUGAAUAAAAAUGGCAGCCAUUUCUGCUUUCACUCCGACCUCGUCCGUAGUCAGCCUGAUGCACCUACAGAAUGAAUCCAUGGCAUGUCGUUACAUUCUCGGGCUGCCACCAGUGGCAAAGAUGGGAAAAGUGAGAUGUUCCAUGGAAGGAAAACCUCAAGAGACUGAGUCAAAACUGGGCAUGGGUGCAUCUUUGACCGCAUCCACUUGUGCUGCAGCCAUGUCCAGCCCAGCCAUGGCUCUAGUGGAUGAAAGAAUGAGUACGGAAGGAACUGGGUUGCCCUUUGGCUUAAGUAACAAUCUUCUUGGUUGGAUCAUUUUUGGUAUCUUUGGCUUGAUUUGGACUUUGUACAUCAUCUACGCUUCUGGUCUUGAAGAGGAUGAAGACUCUGGGCUAUCUCUUUGAGCAUUAAGACUCUUUGUGCGUUCGUAUUCGGCUGUGUUCCGGCACGAAUACAUAGGGAAUUAGUGGGUUUGACCUCGUUUAUAGUCGUUAAGUGUAUUGAUUCUAACUUUGCUGGUGGAAAAUUUGUAAAAAAGAAUUUUCUUUCUAAAAUAAGCGAGAAUUAUGUUGAUUCUAUGGAAGUGAAUUGUUGUUAUUUUUGUA